AUUCAUACAAUUAAUUAAUUUUCCAAACAAGCCCCGACGAGAUAUUCUCCUACAGUCGAUCAUAUCAUCGACGAUAGGAAACUAGUUUUGUUUGUAAUACAAAAAAACCAAACACUAAACACCAACAACAUCAUCAUCGUCACAAGCAUAGUCCGUUUAUAUACAAACCUCUACAAACAUGAGGCGGGACUUCUUCCGGCGCCUGCCGCCGGCGACAGCCCUCCUCAUCGUUUCGUCACUGCAGGUUCGUGCUAUAGCCAUGCUACCGAGAGCCACACAAACACUGCCAUAUCACGUUCUGGACGUCGUGGCAUGGCCGCCGUUGCCAACAGCUCCCGCUGUUUCCAAUGCCGAUUUCCACGAAUUGCGCCGCAGACAAGAUUCUCAGACUGUAUGCGGUUACAUAAAUGGGGACUCAAACUUGGCGGCUACAUGCAGUGCCGGCUCUCAUUGCGUCCUGGAUCAGCAACACAAUGUUGUCGGCUGCUGCGCAAACGGUCAGGCCGAGUGCACAGCUGGUGUAUACACUGGCUGUGUUGACUACAACAGCGGCCCCCAAACCGUUGUCAAUCCGUACGUCUUUACGUGCGCAGGAAGCGACGUCUGCUACAAGAACCAGUUUGGCGGCGGCGCAUCACAGUAUGGAUGCGGUACUGCGAGCGACCUGGCCGCCACCGUCGACGCAACAGCUUCGGGCAUCACAGCCUCCGUAUCCAUGUCCAACGUUGAUGUCAGCCUCACCGCGGAGCCCACGACCGUCUCAACCCCAAUUACUAUCGAUCCAAGCACUGGCACGAGGCCUUUUACCAGCUCUUCAUCCUCUUCGUCGUCAUCAUCAACCUCGUCCACCUCAACCUCGGCCAGUUCAUCGACGACAUCUACCAGCCAACCCACGACCACCCCUCCCACAACCACUGGAACAAACUCGCCCAGCGAGACCGGUGCAGCUCCCGCUGCAGGCGCCUCUUCUGUGGAUAGGACAGGCGCUAUCGUAGGUGGGACCAUCUCAGGCGUCGCCGUUUUGGUUGCUCUGAUAGCCGUCGCGGUCUUCCUAAUGCGUCGGAAAAAGAAGAACGUGCGCAAGGGACCCCCAGGACCUGGGGGAGACACCCAAUACAUUUCUCCAAUGUCAGGCACCCAGGGCUUUCAGCGUUUGCACGACAGUAAUGCUGGCUUUGAAACUGGCCUGCCACCGGGCGCCAUGGCAGCGGCUGCAAUUCCGGCGGGUGCCGCUGCGGGUCAGCCCCAACAGUGGCCACAGCAGUGGCAGCAGCAGUCUCAACAAUGGGCCACGGAUGGUAACCCUCAGGUUGGGUAUGUGGACAAUACCGGGACGGUGAGAUAUGUUGAGAACAACCCUACGGUGCCUCAAGCCGGUUACGUGGAUGUGGCAUCGCCAGAAGCAGCGCGCACGGGCUUUGUGAGCAACGAGGCCAUGAUGGCUGCAGGUGCCGCUCAAUAUGGUGGUAUUGCUGGUGCCCAGCCCGCAAGUUACGGCACACAUGGUUCCAUGGGCAACCCGGGCGAUAUUACCAGCCCCGGACGCAACAGUUCCAUCAUGCCAACUCCCAUACAAGGUUAUCACUACCCUGGGCAGUUUCCCGCCGCCUAUGCCGCAGCCGCUCUCCCCACAGGGUCUGGAGCUCACAAGCGAAACUCAAGUCAGGGUGGCGUCAGCAGCUAUUACAACAGCGUCGUGGGUCCUUCAUCAACAGUUGCUGGUCCCACAAUGAACAUGAGGGGAGGGGGUGGCGGGAGUUUCAGGAGUAGUCACCCAAUUGCUUCUCAGUUCACAUAUGAGAGCUGGACCACGCAACAGCCACAACCGCCGCCGCCGGCACGUGAGAAUCCGGAACUGGUCGAUUUCUCUCGCGGAUACAACGAUGCACUCCAGCAAAUUGGAGAAGAAGAGCCCCUGAAAACCAGCGGCAACAUGAACCAGCCGCACCUCGCCAACCAGGCCGGGUCCACCGAUGAAAACCUGGCUCCCCGAGACACCGUCACCUCACGGUCUAGCGCCCACAGUGUUGCGUCGAGCAAUGGCGGGCGGCCGUUGUGGCACCAGAAUCGGACACAGCCGAACAGGAAUCAAUUGUGGAUGUAAUAUUGCAUUGGAGACUAGCCACUUAAUGAUUUGUUUUUUUCAGGCGUUCGCACAAAAGGAUACACCGGUAGAUACCAUUAUAUACGCAUGAAGCACAGGCGCUUUGUAGUUUAGCGAGAUAGUAAUAGCAUUUGCAUCCUUUGCUCAACAUCCAGCCGAA